CAAGCGGAAGUAAAUAAUCGCCAUGGCAUGUUAGCUAGUGAGAGGGGUUCAUGUAGCAAGUUAAGCGUGGGUGCUUCUUAGGUCUUACGGAUAAAAAAUAAUUUACAACCUUCAUAGUUAGUUGGUUGAAAGUUGAGAAAUAAUAGAGUCGCCCCUGUCUGCAAUUCCAUUAUAAUUACAUUACGAGACUGGAGUAAUCGUGCAGCACGCUUGGGGCCUGGAAAGACGUAUGCUAACGUGGCUAAACUUGCUAACGUUAACGCGGCUGUUGAGCUAACGUCGCUUUUAGCGCCACAACCUAACCAAAGACCACGGAAGUGGCUAGUUUCACCAGCUAAUGUCAGAUAUCCUUUAAAACAGAUAAGUAAGGUCACCCCAGCUAGCGUUAACUCUGGCCGUGGUGAAGGGAAAGCUCGGCUGGAUCUAAAAUGAUAAUUGAAAACCUUGAUGCCUUGAAAACAUGGCUGUCUGAUACCCUCGAGCCAAUCUGUGAUGCAGACCCUUCUGCCCUCGCCAAGUAUGUUGUUGCUUUGGUGAAGAAAGACAAAACUGAAAAGGAACUUAAAGCCUUGUGUAUAGACCAAUUGGAUGUAUUUCUUCAGAAAGAGACCCAGCCAUUUGUGGAUAAGCUGUUUGAAGCUGUUAACAACAAAAGCUACCUCCCACAGCCAGAGCAACCAUCUUCUCUGGUCAAAGUUGAAAAAGAUGAGCAGAAAAAAGACGAGGCAAAUCGAGAAGAAGAACGGGACAAGAAGUUUACUCGGCGAGUGAAUCACAGCCCUCCACAAUCAAGCUCUCGCUACAGUAGAGAUAGCAGGAGAGGAGAUGAUCGUAAGAGAGAUGACCGCUCCAGAAAGAGGGAUUAUGACCGCAACCCACCGAGAAGGGACUCCUACCGCGAUCGCUACAAUCGCAGGAGAGGCCGCAGUCGCAGUUACAGUCGUAGCCGCAGCCGGAGUUGGAGCAAGGAUCGCACCCGUGACCGCGACAGAGAGAGGGACAGGGAUAGGGACAGGGACAGAGAUAGGGAUCUGCGAGAUCGCAGUAGGAGCCGGUCACACAGCAGAACUCGGUCUAGAAGCAGGAGUAGAGAACGAGAUCCUGGAAAACUGAAGUAUGAUGAUCGAGUGGACAGGUCAGAGAGUGGUGAUGGCUACACCCCAGCAUCCCUGGUCCCCACUGUAACCACUUCACAAUUCCCUGUGCCAUCACUGAGCAGCACCAUUACAGUCAUUGCCCCCACACAUCAUCAUAGCAACAACACCACCGAGAGCUGGUCAGACUUCCGCCCUGGGCACCCUGUGGAUCGUGCCCUUUUUAGUAGGGGGCCGCCUCUCCAACAGAGGAAGCGGUGUCGUGACUAUGAUGAAAAGGGCUUCUGCAUGAGAGGAGACAUGUGUCCUUUUGACCAUGGAAGUGACCCAGUUGUAGUGGAGGAUGUCAAUUUGCCCAGCAUGCUGCCCUUCCAACCUCCACCAAUCCCAGGUGUGGACCCGCCGCCUCCACCGCCAGGCCUCCCACCACCACCCCCUCUCAUGAACCCCCCGCCUGUGAACCUGCGGCCACCUGUGCCCCUACCAGGUGCCCUCCCUCCCAGCCUUCCACCUGUUGCAGGUCCCCCUCCUCCUCUUCCUCCACUGCAACCGUCAGGCAUGGAUGCUCCUCCAAAUUCCAUCACUAGCUCUGUUCCCACCAUUGUCACCUCUGGGAUGCGCUCCUCACUUCCCCAGGCCUCUGUGUCACUCUUCACCUCCGACAACUAUGAAGCAGAUGUGUACAACCCCGAGGCUCCUAGCAUCACCAAUACCUCCAGGCCGAUCUACCGCCACCGGGUCAAUGCCCAGAGACCCAACCUGAUUGGCCUCACAAUGGGGGAGGUGGACCAGCCACAGAGAGACAAGAUUCCAAACAACAGCAUGAGGAUUGUUAUGGAAUCUGAUUCAAGAAAGAGACCAGUUGUCUCUCACGAUGGAGGCCCCCCCCCCAAGAAACCUUGGUUUGACAAACCCAACUUCAACAAACCCAACCACCAGGGCUACCACAAAAGAGCCCCAUUCUUUCCUAACACCAAGCUGCUGGUUCGGCAAAUUCCUUCCGAGCUUAACAACAUCAGCAAACUCAAUGAACAUUUCAGCAAGUUUGGCACCAUCGUCAACUUACAGGUGGCCUACCAGAAUGACCCCGAGGGGGCGCUGAUCCAGUUUGCCUCUCCAGACGAGGCCAAGCGGGCUAUGCAAAGCACAGAGGCUGUCCUCAACAACCGCUUCAUCAGGGUGCACUGGUUUCGUGACGAUGGGAGUGAUGGACAUGGUCAGGGCCAGUCACACUCACAGCAGCAGCCUCAGCAACAGCCAGCCACGCAGCCCACAGCCACGUCUCUGAAGCAGUCUGUCAAAGAUCGCCUUGGACCCGCGCUCACUGGGAACUCUGAGCCCUCACAAGAUUCCAGCGUAGCCUCUCAGAAUCCUUCUAAAAUGUCAGUGAAGGACCGUUUGGGGUUCUCUGCCAAACCAGCAGCUCCUGUUGAAAAAGUGUUUUCGACUUCCAUGGGCCUCACAAAGACUGUAUAUAAUCCUGCUGCCCUGAAGGCUGCCCAGAAAACCUCAGAGGAAGUGCUGAAGAAGAAACAGGAAGCUCUAAGGCUACAGCAGGAUGUGAGAAAGAAGAAGCAGGAAAUAUUGGAGAAGCACAUUGAGACACAGAAGCUCCUGAUAUCCAAACUUGAGAAGAACAAAGCAAUGAAAGCAGAGGAUAAAGCCAAAAUCAUGGAAACUUUGGGCAUGUUAACCAAGAGCAUCACCAAACUGCAAGAGGAGAUAAAAGGAAUCUCAAGCGGCAACAACCCUCUACGCACAGCCAAGAGCAAGGCCCAGGCACAGAAAGAGCUGCUAGAUGCAGAGCUGGACCUGUACAAGAAGACUCAGGCCGGAGAGGACACUGCUUUGUUGAAGAUCAAGUAUACCCAGCUGCAAAUUGAGGCAGCUAAAAGGGGACUCCUGUCACCGGGAAGAGGCCGGGGAGUCCACCCUCGGGGCCGUGGUGCUCUCAGGGCCCGGGGAAGGGGCUCCAGAGGACGAGGAAGAGGUGCGCCACUGCAUGCAGUUGUGGACCAUCGGCCACGAGCGCUGGAGAUUUGUGGUUUCACCGAGGCAGACCGAGUAGACUUGCUCCCACACUUUGCUCAAUUUGGAGAGAUUGAAGACUGCCAGAUUGAUGAGAACAAUCUGUCUGCGGUCAUCACUUACAAGACGAGAGCGGAGGCAGAACAGGCGGCUCUUCAUGGAGUGAGAUUCAACAACCAGACUUUACGCCUGGCCUGGCAUAAAGCUGUCACGACUCUCAGUACUGCGGAUGCUGAUGAGGCAGAACCAGAUGAGGAUGAGUACCCGGAAGAGUCGCUGAGCGACGACGCUUUGCUGCAAGAUGACGAUGAAGAAGAAGAUGACAACGAGCCUCGCUCCUGGCGCAGAUGAAGAUCAGUUAGUCGCUCUUCCCUGGUUGCACUGGUGUGGACAAGCAACAAUCCAGCAACUUUAUAAGACUUCAAAGCCUGUUUAUACAUCAAGACACAUUUCACUUUGGCUAGACUCCCCCCCAGAAAUGAGUAACUGGCAGAAGAACCACGUGCGAGUUUGAUUCAUUUUAACAAUUUAAAAAUGGUUUUGGAUGAUUUUUUUUAAUGCUCUUAAUGUAGACACACUUCUGUAAUUUUUUUUUUUUUUGUUUUUUUUGUGAAUAACAAAACACAAAUAGUUUGUCUGGAAAUGUGACUGCUGAUCACUUAAAGACACAUUUGUUGGAAUUGUCAGUUUUAAGAAAAAACUUUUGUUGUAAUUUAACUGAAUGACAGACUGUAACUUUUGCAGAAUAGUAUUAGGUUGACUGGUUUAAAUGCUCAUGUGUAAAUAUUUUAUGUCUGGGUUUCAAUGAUUUGUAUGAAAGCUUGGCUUCUCCCAUUCUUGGCUUUACUUUGGAUUGUACAAAAAAUAAAGAAUUGAAAUGGUCUGAAAACAUCCUGCCAAAAAAAAAAAGAAAAUACAAAAAAAAGAGAGAUAAUGCUGUGGCAGUGGGAAAAAAAAACACUGAAAGAGCUGAAAGACCAUUUCAUAAAACAAAACC